AUGUCUUUCUCCUUUGGCGGUACACCCUCCGGCGGCGCCUCCAGCGGAACUCCCAGCGGAGGAGGACUCUUUGGAUCCGGCGGUAACGCUUUCGGUGCCAACAAGAAUACCACAACCUCUGGAUCGACUAACAGUCUCUUCGGCAACGUUGGAGCUCCGGCUAGCGGUUCUUCCUCGCCCUCUACGUUUGGAGGAGGCUCAGCCGCAGGCUCGGGCAAUACAAUGUUUGGUGGAGGUGCUUCUAAUGCAGGUGCUUCCAAUGCGACCCCCGGUGCCAGCUCCGGCUUCAGCUUCGGCGGUACGCCCAGCACUCAGUCCAACUCAUUGUUCGGUGGCGGCGGCAGCAGCCAAACUCCCAACAAGACAACCGAAUCGACCACACCUGGUCAGACUUCCACCAGCGGAAUGUUUGGUGGCAGCGGUGCUGCGAAGCCCUUGUUCGGAGGCGCCGCUUCUGCGACACCCGCCCCCGCCAGCGGUGGUUUGUUCGGAAACAACUCUACCACUCCCGCAGGCCCUCCGCCAGGAUCAAAAGCACCCACUGGCCUCUUUGGAGGUGGCGCUUCUACCACACCUGCCGCCGCGCCUUCGUCGACCACACCCACUACAUCACAGCCGUCUUCUGGUCUUUUCGGAGGUGCAGCUCCCGCUGCAUCUGGUGCUCCGAAGCCAAUGUUUGGAGGAACCCCUGCUGCCGCGCCCAGUGGUAGCCUUUUCGGUGGUGCAGGCAAGCCGGCCGCGUCAACCACUCCCACUCCUGCGGAUAGCACCCCCAAGCCGUCACUAUUUGGAGCCGCGGCUCCUACGCAGGGUACACAACAGUCUACUCCCGGGCAGCAAUCGACUCCUUCUCUGUUCGGUGGCAAUGCAGCCACUGCUGCUGGUGCAUCUGCUCCGAAGCCUGCAUUCAGCCUCGGCGGUGCCGCUCCUUCCACCACAAGCGCUGCUACCCAACCCUCCCUAGGAGCCCCCGCUACCUCGACUUCCACUCCUCAAAAGUCUCUCUUCCCCAGUAUGGGCGGUGCCACAUCCACUGCUGCGCCUUCAACUACCCCAGCCGCAGCCCCCUCCGGGGGUUUGUUCCCGGGUCUUGGCAAGACAACUGCCGCAACUACUCCAGGUACUGCUGCCACAACCGCCGCACCUGCUACAUCUACUGCACAGCCUGCUGCUCCAUCUGGUGGACUUUUUGGUCAAACUGCCUCCACCCCUUCGACCAAACCUACCGCACCUCUCGGUGGUGCCACGACUACCGCCCCAGCUGCUGCUUCGACCGCAGGUGCCACCUCGGGCACCACAGCCACAGCCACAGGUAUCUCUGCGCUUGGUCAGUCUACGGCUGGUCCCGCUCCCCCAGCUCAGUCCCGCCUGAAGAACAAGACUAUGGAUGAGAUCAUUACCCGGUGGGCGACAGACCUUACCAAAUACCAGAAGGACUUCCGCGAACAGGCCGAGAAGGUUUCCGAAUGGGAUCGUCUGUUGGUAGAGAACGGUACCAAGGUUCAAAAGCUAUACGGCAGCACUGUUGAUGCAGACCGGGCUACCCAGGAAGUUGAGCGCCAACUCGCAUCUGUGGAAGGUCAACAAGACGAGCUCAGCGCAUGGCUGGACCGAUAUGAGCGCGAAGUCGAUGAGAUGGUUUCCAAGCAAGUGGGCCCUGGAGAGUCCCUCCAGGGACCCGAUCAGGAACGCGAGAAGACAUACAAACUGGCUGAGAAGCUUUCGGACCGCCUGGACGAGAUGGGCAAGGACCUUACCAGCAUGAUUGAAGAGGUGAACGGCGCCUCCGCUACAUUGAGCAAGACCAACAAAGCAGACGAGCCUAUCUCCCAGAUCGUCCGCAUCCUCAACUCGCACCUGUCCCAGCUCCAGAUCAUCGACCAAGGUACUUCGGAUCUGCAAGCCAAGGUUGCUGCAGCCCACCAAGCAGGCCAGUCGAUCUCUGGCCGUCUCGGAUACGGAUAUGCCAGCCCUGGCAUGGGCAAUGGCCACGCCGCUGAUGACUUCUACCGCUCCUACAUGGGUCGGCGGUAA